AUGGACAAUUCUUCAUAUUUGCCGAAUCAUCUCCCGCCACCGUCCUUGGUCGUGUUUUCACAGGCCGGGGGACUCCCCGAUGGCUUGCGAAUGCAGAGACCCUUCAAUCCACAAGUAACCGAUUCGAAGGAGCUGCAAGUCCCGUUCAGCACCGCCGCGCAACUGGGCUACGGACUUCACCAUAUGUUACACUUGCCACACCAAUUUCUGCAUCCUCUGGAUCCACGAUUUAGAACGUUUCCUCCUCUGGGACCGUCGGCAUUUGCGCCUCCAAGUAAGUGCCUAAAAGUUGAAACCGGAGGCUCGAGUGUGUCAUCCGGAUUGGCGAGCAUCGGCUCGCUGUCAAACAUGUCGAAUAUGUUUUCGCCGUCAUUGCCGUCUUCAGGAGUCGCCGGUGGACUACCUGGUGGUCCGAGUAACCAAGAAGUAGCUCCGCAAAGUCCAGCUGGCUCUGCGAGUCGUUCACCCCUGGGCACUGGCCCUGGCUCGACUAAUGCCUCUAAUCGCGGACCCAGUCCUGAUGAUGAUGAUCGCGACACAAAUGCUACGCCUGGUUCCGAGAACACCGAACGGUCUACGCCCGAGGAAGGACGACCCUACAGACCGAUGAAAAUAGUAAUAGUAAAACGAGUAAAUUAUAAAUACACAUUAGUAUCACGGGGAGCAGUUAGCAGAACGGAUCGUUUUGUUGAUGCGUAG